AUGGGAACUACGAUCUUCGUCGUGUUGUUAUCAGAUGGCGAGGGUGAUGGUAGUGGUCCAGGGCUGGAAGAGUUUGUACCGGGCCCUGAAGAUCCUGGGGUGGGUGGGAAAGGAGAAUUUGAUGAACUCGAAGAUGGGCUUCCAGGAGGAGGAAGAAUCACAGAUGAUGGACCAGGAGAGGCUACUGGAGUAGAAUUUGAAGGGGGGCUCGAAUCUGGGGAACCACCUGGGCUAGAAGAUGAUGGAGGAGAGCCUGAUGGUGAGGAUGAAGAAGGACCUGGAGUGGGAUUAGAAGAUGGAGAUAGUGGAGAUGGUGGAGUUGAGGAAGAAGGACCAGGAGCUGGCGUGGUUGAAGAAGGCGAUGGAGACUUA